AUGUCACUGAUUUUAUCUCAGUUGCUAAUUAUUAGUUGCAGUUUGUUAAUUACUUUUACUACAGGACUAAGAGUGAAUCAUAGUAGUCCUAUAGCUUCAAGAGCAUGUCCAUGUUACAAUCAAGGUCUUUGUGAUUCAAGUACAGGCUCGUGUGUUUGCCCAUCAGGCUAUGUUGGUCAACAAUGUGAAAGAUUAGAAUCAACUACCUUAUGUAACAAUGUUGUGUGUAAAAAUUCUGGCGUUUGUAAUAUAAUUUCACCAACUGUUUCAACUUGUUGGUGUUUGUUAGGUUUUCAUGGAGCCUAUUGCGAACGGCAAAGCGCUGGUUCACGUUGCGCUGGCACUCAAUGUCGAAAUGGUGGCAUCUGUUAUGAGCAUUCACCUGCAUCAAGUGUUUUUUCCUAUUGCGCAUGCCCACCAGGAUUUACUGGCAGAUUUUGUGAAACACAAUAUUUUCGUUGUUCACAAUCAGGUUUAUUUGUUGAUCAAUAUCAAUGUGCUCAAGGUUCAUAUUUUCUUUGCGAUUCUAACAAUAAUCUCAUUCAAGGUACAUGUGCCAAAGGACUUCGAUUUAAUAUCAAUAAAAUGUCUUGUGAUCGUGCCAGUUCUGUUAUUUGUGCUAAUGUCUAA